AUGGCAUCCUUGUUACCCUCAAUACCGUACCCUCCCUCGAGAGAGGGCUACUGGAGUCCCGUAACCUCUACACUGAACUGGUGUGAGGAGGACUACUAUGCCACCGUCUACUCGGCUGAGAUCGUCAACACCUUGACCAACCUUCUCUUCGUCUGGCUGGCCUUCCGUGGUAUCACCAACUGUAUGCAGAAUGGGCAUGAUCACAUCUUCCUCAUCACCUUCAUCGGCUACCUGGUCGUCGGAACUGGCAGUUUCCUCUUCCACACGACCUUGAAAUACCCAAUGCAACUCGUUGACGAACUCUCAAUGAUCUACACGACCUGCCUUAUGUUCUACGCGACCUUUGCACACAAGCAGACACGCACCUUUCGCAUCUUCCUCGCUCUCUUCUUGGUGUCGUUGUCGGUCUUUAUCACAGGCUACUACCACUACCUUGGAGACCCGGUCUUCCACCAGAAUAUGUAUGCGCUCCUGACUGCUACCGUCUUGUUCCGAUCCAUGUAUGUUAUGGAACGCGACAUCCGCCCUAAGCCAAAGGCCAGAGAAGCUGCGCGUCUCCAGAACGGAAUCAGCGAGCAAGAACAACGACGUCGGGAUGACAGGGAUCGCAAGAUCAUCAAAACCAUGUGGCUCAUGGUCGCAUGUGGAUUGAGCGUCUUCCUGGGUGGGUUUGGCAUCUGGACACUGGACAAUGUUUACUGCUCUAAGCUACGUAAGUGGCGCCACGAGGUUGGACUGCCUUGGGGUAUCUUCCUCGAAGGACAUGGAUGGUGGCAUCUCAUGACUGGAACUGGAGCAUACUUCUACAUUGUGUGGGGAGUGUGGCUUCGGCAUUGCUUGAACGGGCGUCAAGACGAGUUCACGCUGGUCUGGCCGAGCUUGUUGACCUCGCUCCCUUCGGUCGUGAAGGUUGACAAGAGUGAGAAGAAGCAGGACUAG